ACGGGCACACGUCACCGGCGUCUGCAUAUUUUUCAUCACCCAUCUUCCCUAUAAAGUAUAGGUGCAAUAUUUGGCCAUGUGUCUCACCAGUCAAAUCCACAGAGAGAGAGAGAGAGAGAGAGAGAAUGGAGCAGGAGAACAGCAACGCCUCAGCGGAAGUUAUGAGGAACAAACAGGUGAUUUACAGAGAGAAGGUACAAGGUUCCCUGAAGGAGACCCACUUGGAAGUGAGGACGAGCUCGGAGAGACCGAAGGCCGACAAGGAUUCGGGGGCCAUCAUGGUGAAGAACUUGUACCUGGCCUGCGAUCCCUACAAUCUCCACCUCAUCAAGUUCUCCACUCAGCUCGGCUCUACUGUUUCUGGAUAUGGGGUAGCUAGAGUUUUGGAAUCUGGGCAUCCGAACUUCAAGAAAGGCGACUUGGUUUUGGGCCUCACUCGAUGGGAGGAGUAUAGUCUAAUUACUGCGCCAGAGACUUGCUUUAAAAUCGAACACACCGAUGUUCCUCUGUCUUAUUACACCGGCCUUCUGGGUAUGCCAGGUCUGACGGCUUAUGCUGGGUUUUUCGAGGUAUGCUCUCCUAAGAAAGGAGAUACUGUUUUCAUAUCAGCGGCAUCGGGAGCUGUUGGUCAGCUUGUCGGCCAGUUUGCAAAGUUGUUUGGUUGUUAUGUUGUUGGCAGCGCCGGUAGCAAAGAGAAGGUUGAUUUGUUGAAGAACAAGUUUGGAUUCGAUGAUGCUUUCAACUACAAGGAGGAACUGGAUUUGGAUGCAGCACUGAAAAGAUGCUUACCUGAGGGGAUCGAUAUCUACUUUGAAAAUGUCGGUGGAAAGAUGCUUGAUGCCGUGCUGCUCAACAUGAAACCUCAUGGCCGAAUCACAGUAUGCGGAAUGAUCUCACAAUACAACCUCGAGCAGCACGAAGGGGUACACAACUUGAUGCACCUUAUCUGGAAGCAGGUUCGGAUGGAAGGUUUUGCAAUGUUUGAUUACUAUCAUCUCUACCCGAAGUUCCUCGAGACUGUAUUGCCUCAGAUUAAAGAGGGGAAGAUUGUGUACAUGGAAGACAUCGCGGAAGGGCUCGAGAACGGUCCAGCAGCUCUUGUCGGGGUGUUCUCUGGUCGCAGCAUCGGGAAACAAGUGGUCGUGGUUUCUCGCGAAUGAUUUAGCUUUCUGUACAUUUUUUUUCAUCGACCUAGUCUUAUCUUGUCUCGUGGUUUAGAAAGUUGUUUUCCGUUUGUCUUUGCAUUGCCGCUAUGAUACAAAGGACAUUUGAGUGCAAAUGUCUCUCGUAUAAGAAGGGGCAUGGGGUUGUUUUCUGGUAGCAACGGUGGGGAAACAGAAGCUAGUAGUUUCCCGCUUACUGCACUUUUGGGUGCCAAUGCUCUGUUAUUCUUUCGGAGGAUAUGUUCUCUGCUGAAUCUAUUGGUAUAAAAUUUUAUUCUAUUACUCUCUAA